UUCUACCGCUGUUUCUCAUUCAGAUUUGCUCAAGCAAGCUGGCAGGGACGUGUUUUAUUAUUUUAGUAUACAGUUAGAGAAGCCAUGGCUACAGGAGAGCCCAAAAGUAAGAAAAUCAAACUUGAGGAAAAGACAACCAGUCCAAAUGCUCUUUUCGGCAUGGGAAAUCCUCUACUGGAUAUUUGUGCUGUGGUGGACAAGGAUUUUCUUGACAAGUAUGGGCUCAAGCCAAAUGACCAGAUUUUAGCAGAGGACAAACACAAGGAAAUGUUUGAUGAAAUCGUCGAGAAGUUUAAAGUGGAGUACCACGCUGGCGGUGCCACCCAGAACUCUGUGAAAAUCGCUCAGUGGAUGAUCCAGAAGCCCCCGAAAGUGGCCACCUUCUUCGGCUGCAUCGGCAAAGAUGAGUUUGGAAAGAUUCUGAAGCAGAAGGCAGCAGAGUGCCAUGUGGACGCCCAUUACUAUGAGCAGACCGAGGAACCAACAGGGACCUGCGCUGCCUGCAUCACUGGAGACAACAGGUCUCUUGUUGCUAAUCUGGCGGCUGCCAACUGCUAUAAGAAAGAAAAACAUCUGGACCUGGAGGAGAAUUGGAAGCUAGUAGAAAAAGCAAAAGUCUACUAUAUUGCUGGUUUCUUCUUGACCGUGUCCUUGGAGUCGAUCCUGAAGGUGGCGAAGCACGCCUCCGAGAACAACAAGAUCUUCAGCUUGAACCUGUCUGCUCCCUUCAUCAGCGAGUUCUUUAAGGAUUCCCUAAUGAAGGUCAUGCCCUAUGUGGACAUCCUGUUCGGCAACGAGACGGAGGCUGCCACGUUCGCGCGCGAGCAGGGCUUCGAGACAGAGGACAUCGAGGAGAUUGCCAAGAAGACCCAAAGCUUAACCAAGGUGAACAAGAAAAGGCAGAGAAUCGUGGUCUUUACCCAGGGCAAGGAAGGCACCAUAAUGGCCAAAGGGGACAAGGUGGAAAUGUUCCCCGUCAUAGAGAUUGACCAGAAAGAUAUUGUGGACACUAAUGGAGCUGGAGAUGCGUUUGUUGGAGGUUUCCUGUCUGAGCUGGUGCAGGAUAAGUCUCUGGAGCAGUGUAUCCGCGCUGGACACUAUGCUGCUAACGUCAUCAUUAAACACUCAGGCUGUACGUUUCCAGAGAAGCCUGACUUCCACUGAGAGACGAGUGAACUUUGCCACCACAGUGUUAUGGGACUAAUGCCUUCCUCUCAGUGUUUAAUUGACUUUUUUCCUCUUCCUUUGCUCCUGUGUUCUCUCUCUCUCUCUCUCUCUCUCUCUCUCUCUCUCUCUCUCUCUCCCUUCUUGCAUUCAGACUUCUGUGCCUCUGCCUCACAGCAGCCAGUCCCAUAGUAUGAUGUAAUCAUGCAGGCCUUUUACUUAAUAACAAUCUAAUGUUUACAACAGAAGCAACCAACUGCUUCUAUAAAGAGGAAAAAAAUGUUUUUACUUUUUUUUUUUAUAUAUUUCUGUUCCCUGUACUUUAAACAUACAGUACACAGAAGUCACGUGCAGUGAUGAUGACCACUUUGACUCUAUUUGAGCAUAACAGAUGUCCGUAGUUUUUUUUUUUUUUUUUAAACACCUGCCAGGAAACAGCCUUAAUGUCUUCUUUGGAACAGUUGGAAUUUAUUUCAGUUAAUUUCAUCAAAUGUUUUUAAAGGCCAGUCUUGAACUAUUUUGUGCCGUCUCUUAAUUUUGUAAUAACAAAGAAGGAAUAUGCAUGCGUGUUCUGUAUAUGUGGUGAUACAGCUAUCUCUACACGGUCUCACUGACUCUGAAAACUGACAUAAUUAAAAUAUGUUGCCUUCA